UCGAUCCUACUGACAACACACUCAGGAUCAACUCGCAGAUUGACUCAACCGAAAUUGUGACCAAUGUUGAGUGGAAAGCCAUGAAUUUGGAUUCGAUAACAGCAUCCCCCGCCAAUGCAAUGAAUCUUUCCUCUGUACCCAACUGGUAUAACAUCUCCCAGUGGCAUUGUUGCAUGGGCUGCCCUAAUAGACAACAAUGGCACUGCGAUACUGGAAACUGGGAUGGUGGGGUACCGAUCCAUGAGAGAGGGGCCUUCCGGAUACACUGCAGCGUUGGCCAAAUCAUGUUUCCCGACAGUGAUCCCAGGCUUUGCAAUUUCGAAACGUCAGACGGCGGAGGGGUAUUCACAAGCAGAAACAGCAACGUGUACAUUGGUGGAGCCAUACUGAUUGAAAAGGUAUGUUCCAUUUCAUAUCUUACAUCAGUCAAGGUGGUUAAGUCGUACUAUCGCAUCAACUCCGAUCCUAGAAAAUGGCGUGAGCGGACCGUUCUUCUGGGAAAGAAUAUCAUGAGUAACGUCGAUGCAGACCCUAUCCCUGGAUCCUCAAUCUCAAGGCCACCUCUCAACUUCACGGCCGGAGACACACCAGUCAGCAUCGACAGUAUGAUGCUGGCCCAUUUAUUGUUUUUGGCUGGCAGUCCUGAUGUAGAACUUGUUGGAUCGUAUACUAUUGGCCGAAUCUUCAGCACCACCUCCAUCUCGAUUUGGUUAGUCGUAGCUAUCCUUCUGCCGGCGUCUCUGUACAUUGCAGUGCACUGUUGGUUCAAGGAUCUGGAGCGAGCCAUGGGACAUAGUUGGAACUGUGUGAUGAGCAGUGCAAUGCAUGGACGCUGUUAUCAAGGCCCGCCAUUGAAGAUAAUGCUCCGUGCAUACUCAGACGAUGAUGUAGAUGUUAUGAUGGGUGACUCGGUAUUGAGGGCGAUCAACGAUGAUGAAAGCAGCAGAGACCUCGUACGGCUUGAGUCAAUUAAGGAUGAUGAUUGACUUGAUGAC